AUGAGUUUUCUUUCUUUCUUUCUUUCUUUCUUUCGUGUUUUCACUUUCGUGUCUUUCAUUCGUGUCUUUUUUUCUUUCUUUCUUUCUUUCUUUCUUUCUUUCUUUCUUUCGUGUUUGUCUUUCGUGUUUGUCUUUCUUUCUUUCUUUCUUUCUUUCUUUCUUUCUUUCUUUCGUGUCCGUCUUUCUAUAUUUCAGUAUGUCAAUCCUUCAAUCUUUCGGGAGUCACUUUCGUGUCUUUCAUUCGUGUCUUUCUUUCGUGUCUUUCUUUCUUUCUUUCUUUCUUUCUUUCUUUCGUUCACUUUCGUGUCUUUCAUUCGUGUCUUUUUUUCUUUCUUUCUUUCUUUCUUUCUUUCUUUCGUGUUUGUCUUUCGUGUUUGUCUUUCUUUCUUUCGUUCUUUCUUUCUUUCUUUCUUUCUUUCUUUCGUGUCCGUCUUUCUAUAUUUCAGUAUGUCUAUCCUUCAAUCUUUCGGGAGUCACUUUCGUGUCUUUCAUUCGUGUCUUUCUUUCGUGUCUUUCUUUCUUUCUUUCUUUCUUUCUUUUUUUCUUUCUUUCGUGUUUGUCUUUCUGUAUUUCAUGUAUGUCUUUCCUUCAAUCUUUCGUGAGUCACUUUCGUGUCUUUCAUUCGUGUCUUUUUUUCUUUCGUGUCUUUCUUUCUUUCGUGUCUUUCUUUCUUUCUUUCUUUCUUUCUUUCUUUCUUUCUUUCGUGUUUGUCUUUCGUGUUUGUCUUACUUUCUUUCUUUCUUUCUUUCUUUCUUUCUUUCUUUCGUGUCCGUCUUUCUAUAUUUCAGUAUGUCUUUCCUUCUAUCUUUCGUGUCUUUCAUUCGUGUCUUUCUUUCAUGUCCGCCUUUCUUUCUUUCGUGUCUUUCUUGUAUUUCUUUCUUUCGUGUUUUUCUUUCGUGUCUUUCUUUCUUUCUUUCUUUCUUUCUUUCUUUUCUUUCUUUCUUGCUUGCUUUCGUGUCUGUCUUUCUGUAUUUCAUCUAUGUCUUUCCUUCUAUCUUUCGUGUCUCACUUUCGUGUCUUUCAUUCGUGUCUUUCUUUCAUGUCCGCCUUUCUUUCUUGCGUGUUUUUCUUUCUUUCUUUCUUUCUUUCUUUCUUUCUUUCUUUUUUGCUUCUUUCUCUCAUGUUUUUCAUUCUUUCUUUCUUUCUUUCUUUCUUUCUUUCUUUCUUGUCUUUCAUUCUUUUUUGCUUCUUUCUCUCAUGUUUUUCAUUCAUUCUUUCUUUCUUUUCUUUCUUUUUUCUUUCUUUCUUUCUUUCUUUCUUUCUUUCUUUCUUGUGUAUUUCUUCUUUCGUAUCUUUCUUUUUUCUCUCUUUCUUGUUUGUCUCUCUUUCUGA